AUGCUGAUUCUCCUGUGUGCCGCUGCAUGUCUCGCCGAGGCGUGCGGGACAGGACCUGCAUGUGUUAACGGAGACUGCGCCUACGGGGACGGAGCACACUUCUGCCAGUGCAGGCGGGGCUGGGUGGGGGCUGCGUGUGACGCCCCCCGCGCGGGGUUCCGCAAGAUAACUACCAGUGGGCAGACACCCGCGGACAGGGCCGUCAACUACGCCUGCCUCGUGAACGGGACGGAGUGCACAGGGUCGAGCAAGUGCACCUACUACGCAGGGGCGUACUCGUGCGACCCCUGUCCUGCUGGCUUCGUGUCCUACGAGGGCGAGUGCCUGCCGAGGGGCUGCUUCAACACCGGCGAUUACUCAGACCAGGAGGCAACGAAGGCCCCUUGCAACGGCCGCGGCCGCUGCCUCCUGAAGGACCCCGGGCUAGCAGGGAUGGAUGCUGACGACUACGCGUGCGACUGCUACCCGAUCUACCGCGGGGGCCUCUGCCAGUCGUGCGACGACGCCAACGCGAUCGCUGCGGGAAGCUCUUCGUCUGAUGCCCUCCCUACGUGCAAUGCGCGGGCCUGCCAGGACUCGGAUGGCGUCGUGUGCUCAGGCCAGGGAACGUGCACCCUCGACGUGGGCCUCGAUCGCGAAUCAUAUCACUAUCGCUGCAAGUGCAAUGAUGGCUACACACGCGUUGGGCACAAGUGCGUCAGGACGGAGUGCGUGGCCACGAUCGACGGGUCCCCGGUCGUCUGCGGGGGCUUUGGAGAGUGCACGGAUAAAGAUAGCCCCGGUACCUUCAAGUGCGUUUGCGAUUCUAAUGCAGUCCCGGUCGGUCAGUUUUGCACAUAUCCCGCGUGCACAGACAGCGCUGCUACUGAGAUCUGUGGCGGAGUGGGCGCCUGUGUGCGUGACGGCGCUGGCUAUAAGUGCGACUGCCGAGGGCUUGCCACGGGCGACCUCUGUGAUACUUGCACUCCUGGGAAAUCCGCUCAGGUAGGCGACAAGUGCGUUCCAGUGGGGUGCCUCACCUCAAACAACCAGGAAUCAUGCAAGAACGGAGGAACAUGCGUCAAGUCCGACGGCGAGUACCAUUGCCGCUGCCCGGACAUGCUCAUUGCCGUCAGCGGAGAGUGCACGUCCCCCGCGUGCAUGGACGAGGAGCUGGGGAAAGUCUGCUCGGGACACGGCACGUGCAAAACGGACGACCCACAAGACAUAAAGUGCACCUGUAGUUCUGAAUACACGUACGUCGCCCCGGGGCGCUGCAUCCUAACAGCCUUGAUGGACGGCGACCGAAUCUGCAGCGGCCACGGCCACGUUAGCAUCGACACCUCGGAUCCUCCCACGAUGACCUGCAGGUGCUCGUCGAUCUACGAGGGGUCCAAGUGCGAGACCUGCAAGGCCUCUGUCGCCCAGGAGAUCGAGGGCGAGUGCGUCCCAACCAAGUGCAUUGUGGCACCCCAGCCCGGAUCGCGAGCCACCACUCCCAGGGUCUGCGACGACCACGGCCAAUACACGAAGUUCGGCGACCCGAGCGACCCGUUUGCCACGUGCACCCCCAAGGACCCCGACUCCGGGACCGUCUCCGCCUACAAUGGCACCUUCCUUGCGAGGCCCGGGUGCGUGCAUGUCAGCAAGGUAGACAGGACCAGGAGGUUUUACUGCGGAUUCCUGCAGGGACUGACAGACAACUUGCAGGAAGGCGUGGUAACGUGCAAUACACAGAACGAGGGAUCUGUGUCUGUUGAGACGUGCAAUGGUUGCCCAGAGGGCUUUAAGCUUGUCCACUUCGGGGCAGAAGAGGGCUAUAGAAAGACAUGUAUGCACGACAACUGCUACCACGGAACUGGCGCCAGCAGGAUGUGGUACGACUACUGCGGCGGGACCGGCGACUGCAUCAAAGAGGGUGACACGUACAGGUGCGACUGCGGCCCCAGUGCCACUUGGAACGAGGGCCUGAAGGCGUGCGUCACCGAGGCGUGCAAGCUCAACAAAACGCUGGCCGGCCCAGAGGCGCCCGAGUACUGCGCAGCGCCAUCUAGCCUUGCGCUCCACUGCACCGUCGGCCGGGACGCGGCCUGGCAGUGCGAUUGCCCCCAGGGCGACUACCUCACGUACAACAGGACGUGCAUCCUGAGGAGCAAGAGCGCCAGCCCCACGACCCACCGAGCAAGGGGGCUUUGCGGCGGCCCCGGGGCGGGCUUCCUGAGCGGCAGCGGGUCCUGCGUCUGCAACCCGGGCUUCCUCAAGAUCGACGACAUGUGCUACAGCUAUGACUGCCUGCCCGUGGGUGUGACGGCCGACACAAAGAGGUUGGACCUCAGCCCCCACGUCUGCUCCGGGAAGGGGGUCUGCGCGUACAACCAGCUGACCGGCCGAUAUGGCUGCGAGUGCGAAGCUGGUCUGGAGGCCUUCGGGGGCUACUGCACUCAUCCCGGGUGCGCCGGGAAGGUGAUCCACAACGGAGAGCUUAAAUACGUUGAGUGCAAGGUCUACGACGGGUCCGUGGGCAGCUGCGUUCAGAGCGCAGACGGGGCCGCGUACUUCUGCGCCUGCAGCUUCCCGUACACAUCUGUCGGCGGGCUCUGCGUCCAUCAGCGCUGCGUGGUGAAUGGCGAGUACUGCGGCGGCGACGCCCUGGCCUCGUGCGUGAGGGGCAGCGAUAGCCUGUACGGCUGCGUCUGCUCCGAGGGCUACGAGCUGAGCGAGGAGCGGAGCGAGCACGGGAACAAGGCCAAGUGCGUCCCGAGCAGGUGCAUGUACAGGCCGUCGGCAGGCGACCCCGCCAUCGAGUGCAACGGGCUGGGCACGUGCGGCAAUGGUGGCGGUGGGUCUCUGCUGAAGGACAAGAGGUGCGAGUGCAGCGGUGGAGCUCAGCUGCACACUCUUAGAGACGCAAGCGGGGAGCUGAGGGAGACGUGCAUUCUGGACGCGUGCAUCUCUAGCAAGGACCAGGAGGUACCGGUGAUCUGCGGGGGCUCCGGCAGGUGCGGGCCGAGCGGCUGCAUCUGCAACCUGGGAACGAAGCUGUUUGGCAACGCCUGCGUCGGGAUCAACUGCUUCAUCAACGCCACGAAUGACAGUGGAGGGGUUGCCGAGUCGGUGUGCGGGAGCGAGGCCGUCGGGGUGUGCACGAAGAUAGCGUCCCACGGCGACCGUCGAGAUUACGCCUGCAAAUGCGUGACGUCUCCCCCCGAGGGAUACGAGGAGGUCGACGGGUUCUGCCUGCCAAAGUCCUGCGUAUUCGCGGUUGGGACCCUCGACGGUCAGGACGCGAAGACGAUGUGCGGCGGAAGCCACUUCGGGACCUGCGUGAUCAGCACCAACCAGCAGACGAGCUCCUACUGCAGCUGCAAGAGCAGGCCCGACGUCGUUCAGCUCACGUCGGGGCAGUGCAUGAAGCGGGACUGCGUCAGCGACGCCCUGCCCGGGAGCGCGUACCAGAGCAUCGAGUGCUACGGCCACGGAAAGUGCAGGACGGGCGACGGCGUCACCUACGCGUGCAAGUGCGAGGAGGGAUACAAGACGGUCAGGGGCGUGAUCGGGACCUACCUCUGCAUCCCGCAGGCAUGCGUCGUCUCGGAGACAGACACGGCCGCGGUCUGCAGCGGGCGGGGGACCUGCUCGGUGGACGAGAAGACAUGCAAGUGCGGCACGGAGUAUGCUGGCGAGAGGUGCGAGACCUGCGCGGCCGGCUACAAGGAGCACACGAACAGGCGGUGCUACCGCAGCAGCUGCCCGGAGGACGGGAAUUGCGGCGUAGAGGACGGCGCCAGCCUGGGCAGCUGCCAGUUCGGCGGCAGUAGCUUCAGCUGCAUCUGCGUCAACUCGAGCUUCGUCACCGACAGCGCCACCGGGACGUGCAGAAGGUCCAGGUGCGUCUGGGUGGACCCGUACGACCACGCGGAGAAGACGUGCUACGGCAUGGGCUGGUGCAGCUACAGCGGGGCCACCGAGCAGUGCAGCUGCAACCCCAACACGGUCCCCGUCGGAGCGAGCGUAUGUGUCUACGCGGCGUGCAUGCCGAGUGGUAGCACCGAUGACCCCAGUAUGAUAUGCAGGGGGCGCGGGACAUGCGUAGAGGGCCCUGUCGCCGGCACGGGACUGUGCAGGUGCGACAGCAGCAGAUACCGCACAGACAAGAAGACCGGCCAGUGCUUUGUCAAAGAAUGCUUCGGGGCGCACGAGAGCAUCCUGGCCGAGGUCUGCGAUGGCGGUGGAACAUGCAGUGAAGACACUAAAAAGUGCAACUGCAACUCCUCCGGCUUCCAGAGCCUCGACGGCCAGAACGGCUGCGUGCACAGCAGCUGCGUCUCGUCGGACAACAAGCUCUGCAGCGGCUUCGGCGCCUGCGAGAAGACCGGCGACACCUACGGCUGCCUGUGUGCAAGUUACUAUACUCUGGUCGACAAAGACUGCAUCCCCACAAGGUGUCUCAAGGACGGGAAGGUCUGCAACGGCGGUGGCACAUGCUCCGGCGAGGGAUCCUCUGCUACCUGCAGCUGCAGCCAGGGCUGGACCCCCCACGGGACCCUCUGCUACCCAUCGGCCUGCGUCUCCGGUGGGGCGCUCUGCGGGGGGAAUGGCGACUGCCAGCUCUCCGACGGAGGCUCGUGCAGCUGCAGAAGCGGCUACGAGACCGUCUCCGGGGGGCUCUGCGUCAGCAGCCAGUGCGUCCAGCGCGGCACCGACGGCACCGUGACGAUCUGCGGGGGCAACGGCAGGUGCGUGUCUGAGAACGGCGUGACUCCCAGCUGCGUGUGCAACGAGGGCUUCUCUCUCACAAGCGACUUCGUCUGCGGAGUCCCUGCUCCAUCUAAAAAAUCGUCUGCCGGCACGACGGCUGCGAUCGUGGUCGUCGUCCUCCUCGUCCUCGUUGCGGUGGCCGGCUUCCUUGUCUGGUGGUUCGUGAUACGGCCCAGGAGAGGCGGCCCACUGAGGGAGCGCGUCCCGCAGAAAGGCUCCAAGUCUUCCAGCUCUUCUAGGUCCAAGCUCAGGCGGCAGGCGGACUCCAGCGUCUCGCUCCACGCCGACGUGCCCCUGCUGAGCCAGGCGUCCAACGUCAACUCCAGCAUCCAGCUCUAG